CUAACAUCAAACGAAAUGGUUCAUUUCGUAGCGUCGAACAUUAUCUCAAUACAAAAGUCAUCGAAAACUAUCGGCAAUUUGAAAUUCGACCAUUAACGAAUACCACUGCAGUGAAAAUGGUCUGUGUACAAAGCAAACUAGGUGGUAAUGUCAUGCGCCAUAUCAAUACAUAAACAUCGCAUCAACUUACACGGAACGUAACAUAAAUCAAGAGAGCGUCAACCAAAAUCCUUACCGCCGUUUGAUUGGUUUGAAAGAGUAAAAUGAACACACAGUUCAUGUAAACUAACUGUCACAGCACUCGUUGCGUUUCGGCAAUAUCGGUUUGUCUGUGCCUGUUGAACACAAGUGCUGACCAGCACAAUGAUAAAUGUUCGUGUUUGUUUCAGUUAGAAAUUAGCACUCAUCUAUUUUAAAUGUUUCGCUCGUCCGUCUUAGUGUAUUAAAUGAUUUUAUUUUUAAUUUUGUAUAUUGUGAUAACUACGUUGUGAAAGAGAGUAAAUAAGCCAUCAAAAAAUCCAUAGGAUUUGAACAAUGUGAAAUUGAUUUAGAAUAAGAAAAGGAAAAGAUAAUGCGCUGAAUCGAAGAAAGUCCAAAAAGUGAAAACCGUAUUGUUCAUGUCACCUUUCAUUCUGUGUAGUUUUUUUUUGUAUGUGAAACUUUGUGUUUGUAAAACAAAAUCAUAUGUAGAAAAUAAGUAUUGAAUUUAACACGACAUUGAAUUAUCUAUUGAAAUGGCGCGUAUGAUGAAAGAUCAAGCCAUUCAACGCUCAUAUUCGAGUCCAUUAUUCAUCCGUGAACCAAAUGACGAUCGGACACCAAACGAACAUCUUGGAUCCGUGACACCAUCGAAAAAUGUCAAUGAUUUAGACUCGACAUGUAUAACGCCAAUUUUAAAUUCAUGCUCAUCAACGGCUUCACAGCGAUCGAGUCUGUCAGUCACACCGCCUAAGUCGAAUAUAACCACCUAUUUGACACCACGAAGCAGUCUAACAUCCGAUACGUUUGCCGACUCAACAGCGGUGGAUUUUUACUCAUUUGCCACCGAUUCGGAUGAUCUUAAUGAGACGGUCACCAAUAGCACAAAAAAUUCAGUGUAUGAAACGUGUAUCGGAGCAUCGGCUCGUCUGUUGGAAGCAACACGAUCGGUUCGUCAACGGUUGCGACCACUGAGGCAAGCUAGCAGUGAAUUUCUCAGUAGGCUACCGAAAUUGCAACAUUUAUCAAUUGUGCGAGCAUCACAAAUCAAUAUACGCGGUGAUCAAGCCAAGAAACCGGAACACACCUGCACAUGUAAGGCCGGCCUAUUCGAUGGUAAUUGCUUGAAGACAUUUAUGGAGAUGUCUGUGCAACCGGCCGAAUAUCGAAAUAAUUCACAAAUGAUGACCUCCACACCGCUGAUCACAAAGGAUGUCUACGAUCAUGGUAUUUUCAAUGUGGCCCGCAUCAAAAAGGUGGAACUGCAUGAUCUAACGCCAAAAGUGCCCGAGUUCCACGUAAUUGAUGCAACGCCAAAAGAUCGUUGCAUAAACAACAAUAACGUACGAACACCGAAUGGGAACCACUAUGGCAAUCAAACAGUUGUAUUUGGAUCGAAUGUUACAGCAAUCGCACCGAUUCGUACGAAAGGCCAGCAUCAAUCAAACUCAACAAAUCCAGUGACAAUGCCAGCGCCAGAGGACGGAAGUGUGCUGAAAAAAGUCAUUUCAUUUACGCUCGAUCAAAUGAAAAAUGCGGACUGUGCAACAGAAAAAACAGCACGCCCUUCAUUUGUACCAGAAAAAUUACAUUUUAGUGCCUAUGAGCAAUUUAAAGGUCAAUUGUUUGUGAAAUGGGUGAGCAGCUCGAUAGCCAAGUCUCUGGAAUUAAGUGAAAUCGAUUUGAAUACGGUUGAAUUGCUUAUUUCGGGAGUUUGUACGCAUUUGAUAGCUGCCGGUGUUUUGAAACAAAUAGUUGACCUUGAUGAAAAGAAUAAGAAUGUGUUUUGUCCGAACGAAAUGUACCAAUGGACGCACAUCGAAUUAUCUCGACAACAACAAAAUGAACCAAAGAAAGAAUGUGUACGAAAUUUGCAUCCAAUUGAUUCGGAAAUCAUUGAAUGCCAAAACAUAGGUACACUGAAUAUGAGUACACUAACAUUGACUUCCAAUGGACAGGAGGAGUCGUUUGCCUCUUUAAAAACCAAAUUGCUGUCACGCGAAUUGGCUGCUGAAACCAAUGCACAACAAAACGGAAUCGAGUCAAUCAGUUCAGAUGCCGAGCACGUGAACAAGAAUCAUGUGGAACCUGUUCGGGAUGUUCUAUCGAAAGUUGAUUGUGCCGAUCGUUUGGAAAACGUUGAACUUAAAAGCGACUGUGAUAAUAUGUUGAAGAAAGUCUAUGUCGAAAUAUCUACGCAAACUGAAGAUGUAGUGGAGUCAACUCAUAAGAAGGAGAAAGCACCCGAACCGAUAAAGAUCAUUGCAGCAACUCCAUCACCACCACCACCGCCGCCUCCACCUCCACCAUCGCCCUUCAUAUUCAAUGAACAACCAACCAAGACAACGAUUGACAUCACGAUUGACAAACCAAUUGCCCCGGACACACCAACCACAUCACAUCCGAACAACCUAAGUGUUGCAGCGCCGUCUACAACCAUUUUAUCUAGUGCAUCAUCGUUUUGUGUACCUCCACCGCCUCCCAUGAACGGAAUCCCAGGUCCACCACCAUUGCCCCUACCAACCGGAAAUAUGUGGUUCAAAAGUGACACUCUGCGAAAAGCCGCCAAACACCCACCAAAGCCAAUGAUCAACUUAUUCUGGACACGUAUCCUAAUACCAAAAGAUGACGAAGAGGAAGAAAACGUGAAACCGAAAGUUGACAUGUCAACGACGAAGAAACGAGAAAAACUCUGGCAAAAGAUUGAUGAGACCAUUUUGGAAAAUGCAGAAGAUUUCACGGAAUUGUUUGCCCGCCAAGCAACACCAAAGAGACCGCGUGAAGUGACCAAACUGCCCAAGAAAACGGUGAUCAAAGUGCUGGACCAUAAACGUUCGCAAAGUGUUGGAAUUUUCUCCCAAAGCUUGUAUCGACAUCGAAUCGAUCCACAAGUGAUUCAGAGAGCGAUCUACAACUGGGAUUUAUCAAAUAUUGGCCUCGAUUUAUUGCAGCAAAUGCUUGAGCACCAAGCAACGGCCGAUGAAUUGAAAGCGAUCAAAGAAGCAUUAAAAAAUGCUCCGUCAAACAUUCCGUUAGAUGGACCGGAAAAUUUUCUGUUGAAAUUUUCCGAAAUAUCAUGUGCACCCGAACGAAUCGCUUGUAUCAUAUUCCGCAAUGAGUUUGAGGAGGCAAACGCUCAAGUCGAACAAAAGAUCAAAACAAUCACAAAUCUGUGUGAAUUCCUCGUGGAGAACGACCAUCUCAACGAUUUGUUCGCAAUCAUUUUAACGCUGGGCAAUUUCAUGAACGGUGGUAAUAGGUAUAGAGGCCAGGCGGAUGGCUUUGGACUGGAUGUGCUCAACAAGUUGAAAGAUGUCAAAUCCAAAGACAAGAAAAUCACAUUGUUACACUUCAUUGUGAAAACGUUUAUUAGCAAACGGAGGCAAAGCGGACUGAAACCGAAGGAGAUUAUCUUUCCAGUGCCCGAUGCAGACGAUGUGAAAAGCGCUUCGAUCGUUGAUUUCGAGUAUUUGAACGAGCAAAUUGAACAGCUUCGCAGAAAUAUUGAAGACAUCAAACAAAAAAUGAAUGUGGUUAUUGAUGCAUCAACCGAUCAAAAUAUCCAGCCGUUCAAAAAUAUUUCCGAGGAAUUUGUGCAAAUUGCUACCAAUAAAAUUGAUUACCAAUUCCAGCAGCUGAAAACAUGCAAGGUCAUCUUUCGAGAAAUGUUGGACUACUUCAAGCACAUUCCAAAAACGGGUACCAUCGAUGAAUGCACGCCAAGCCAGUUUUUCGAGUUAUGGGCGAAUUUUAGCAUUGAUUUCCGCGAUCUUUGGAGAAAAGAACUCGCGGCCAUUAAUGCGGAAAUCAUUCAAAAGUACAAAAGUAUUGCUUCACCAAAGACACCGCAAAAUCGGGCUAAAGGAAAACAAAAGCCGACUGGCUUACGUGUGAGACGCGUUAACCAAAUCUAAAUGGGUGCACAUUUGCGGCACCAUCACGCACAAACAAUAUCGACUGAACAAACUUCUUGCACCAACACUAAUACGCAUGCAAAUCUCAAUGCACACACUCACAUCUAUCCACCAAUUAACAAAUCAUCAAAAGAAAAUUUAUAGUUUUUGUGUCAAUUUUUUUUGUAUUUUUUUUUUAAUUUGAAUGUUUGUCGGAAACAAUAAAGCGAUUAAGAAAAACGAUCAUAUAUAUAUGUAUACGUUUGAAUGAGAAUUGGAAUGAAAACAUCGAACAAAUGUUGUUUUGAUGAUUUUUUUGAUAUAUUUUUUUAACAAAAUAAAUAUGUAGAAGAAAAUUUAGUCUCCAAAAAAGAAUGUAAUGAAACUGGAGCACGAUCAAAAUGGCAGGAGACCAGAGAAAUAAGAAUGAGAGAAAGAUAUAUGAAAUUAUCAUCACUUGUUAUAAGUCAUUUAUUGUUCUUCUUAGAAACAAAGAAAUUUAUAAGAAAACAAUGUUUUGAGAAGCCGAAUUGUCGUACCUUUUUUUUCUCAAUAAUUUGUUUAAGCUACUUGUUGAAGACGCCAAAUAAAAAAAAAUGUACUGAAAGAGUCAAAAAAA